AUGGAAAAAUUACCCAUUCAUACUGGGGAUGCAGAGGCGUCCGACCCAAAGAACCCAUCUGAUUCCCGACGCGACAAAUCCAUCCCGCCCUACCGCAUCGUCAUUGCCGCGGGCUUCCUCAUCUGCUGGUAUUUGUUCAUCAAGCUAGCACCCACAACGGAAAUCUCACAUGGAUGUAUGAAACACCAUGCUCCAGGGUCUACAGGCUCGGAGAUUCCCCAAAGCUGGGCCCCUGGCACGCCUAACCAAACAUGGGAAGAGUUCAACAAACAACCGCAAACAGACCUGGCAGACACCAGAAUCCCGCUCGAGGCCCAUAUCAUGAGCAAGUGCCCUGACGCGCAAGUUUGUCUCCAAAAGCUGGUUCUGCCUGCCAUGGAGCAGAUCAGCGACAAGGUUGACUUCAAGCUAUCCUUCAUUGCGAGUGUCACAAAUGACUCCUCCGAAAUCAAGUGCAUGCACGGCCCAGCUGAAUGUAUCGGCGAUAUGCUCAUCCUAUGCGCGGCCAACCUGCCAUUCCCUCCCACCGACGACGAAGCCCCGGUGCCCCAAUCAUACCCACGCACCCCAAUAAUCCGGUCACUGGGCUUCGCAAACUGCCUGAUCAACGAAUACCAGCGUAUCCCCGAACGCGAAUUUGUGCACCAGUGUGCAUUGGAAUACGGCAUCGACUUCGAAGCGCUGAACCAAUGUGCCAGCCAACAGAACGAUGAUCCGGAUCAUGGCGAGAACGGAGGCCCUCCUCUUAGUGGGAUUGCUCUUUUGCGGAAGAGUGCGCUGCACUCAUCUAGUGUCGAUGCAGAGACGAGCUGCACCGUUCGCCUGGAUGACAAAACAUGGUGUAUCCAUGACAGCGGCGCUUGGAAGGAUUGUACCCAAGAUGGCAGUGACCCACGGGUGCUCGCUGCUGAGGUCAAACGUCUCUAUGCGGAAAGAAACUGA